GUCUGAGUUUGAAUCUGGAAACGGCGAGUGAUUCGAUGCGUCUGCACUUCAUCCCGCGGUGAAAUCAGGGGUCCAACAUGAAGUUAAGUGGUGCCAAGGCGGGAGCGCUUUUGAUAUGGAUCAACAGCGUGUGUCCAGAGGAGCCUGUUGGACAGUUUACCCAUUUGAAGGAUGGGCAUCAACUCCUGAGGAUUUGCUACAAACUACAGGGUAAAGUGCCUGAUGGGGAAUUGAAGACUUUAUCUCUUUACAACAAAGUGGAAAUCAUCUUCAGCAUAUUGCACUAUGACUUUCACCUCACCACAAGACAGAGCUCCCUCAUCCUACAGAAAAUCGAUCAAGAAGUUGAUCUGGAGCUUCAGCUUGCCAAGGUGGCAAUUCUGCUUUGUUACUGCAGCUUUAAAAAGAACAACCUGCAACCUUUGAGCGCAAAUGCACAGUCGGUGAUUGCAUCCAUGUUUCAUUUAGUAAAAGAUGAUGCAGAUGGUCUAUCAUUAGACGAAGGGCUAGAUCAGUUUCUAACCCAAGACUCUGUCAUGAACUCCUCCACAUCCAGCACUGAGAGCAGUGGCUGCUCUUCAUUCUAUACUGAUGAUGAGUCUCCGAUUUUUGGUCGGUUCCAACGUCCUCCUAGAGUUAAAUUUCAAGAGCUUUGCAAAGUGGCCUUCAGCUCUGACGGCUCUCCAGUACAAGACAUCAUGAGCACACCGCAUUUUCAGUUAAAAAAGCUCCGGAAGGAACUGGCACAUGAGGGUGACGUGAGAGACGAGCUAGAAAUAGAACUAGCAAAUCAGAUCGCCAUCAUCUCAGAGAAAGAGGGCUUGAUCUCCCAGUUGCAGCACAGGGUGGAGCGUCUGCUGCGGGAGCAGGGAGAGUUAGAGAAAGAUCAUAAAGCUGAACUCCUGGAGCUCCAAGAGAAGAAUGAGAGUCUUCUCCGUAGAGUGCAUGAGGUUCUUAAACAAUGUCAAGACUUAAAAACCGACAACUCACAGAAAGAGAAAAAGAUUGAUGAACUUACUGAGGAAAACGGAACUCUUGCUGCUCAGGUGCGAAACACAUUUUUCCAACUGGCAAGAGCUGAGGAGGAAGUCGCUAAGCUCACUCUGACACACGAAACAUCGCAGGCUGAGUGGAUGAAAAGAAAGGAGUUUAUUGAGAGAGAAUUAAACGAAGUGGUCACACACAGGGUGUGCCUGAAUGAGCAAGUUCAGAUCUUGCAGGGCAAGAUCUCCGUUCUCGAAGAUGAACUCAAAAAAGCUCAGUCUCAAGAGAGAGGAGAAGUGAUGGGGCCCAUCAUGGAGUGGGAGAAACUUAAACAAGAAUUGUCAGAGCUGACUCUUAAACGUGCUCAGCUUCAGGACACUAUUUCCCGUCUUGAAAAAGAGAAGGCAGAAGUUGAAGCCUUGCUAGUCCAGGAAAGAUGCUCAUUUGAAAAGGAGACCACAAGACUUCAGACGUUGGUGUUUGAUCUGGAGAAAUCUGUCAGCAGCAUCCGUAUGGAGAGAGAGGCAUUGCAGAAGGCCUUAAUGACUCAGAAGGAAAUGUUUACUUCACAGAUAUCAGCUCUGGAAAGUGAUGUUUCUCGGCUGCAACAGGUAGAAGUUCGGUUGACAACAGAGAUAACAAUCUCUGCAGAACUUCGCCAGCAGAGAGGGGAGCUGGAGGGGAAGGUAGCCUGCUUAGACAAGAUGGUCAAUGCACUACAAACUGAGAUCCAGGGCAUGGAAAAAGAAAGAGAAACAAAGCAGGAUGCCCUGAAUGCCCUCAUGGUUGACUUGCAGAAUGCCCAGACCACCCUUCAGGACUAUGAAAAGAAGUUGGAAAAGCAUCAGAAAGUGGUAGAAGAUAAAGCUUCCCUGACCAAGGAGGCAUGUACAUUGCGGCAGGAAAUUGAUGAGCAUCUGCAGACCAUCGGAGAGCUACAGGGGCAAAUUAGUAUCCUCAGACAGGAGAAAACAGAGGAAGAAAGCAAAGUUAGUCAGGCAUUGACCAAAAUUGAAAGCGUCAAAACUCAAAUUCUGGAACUGUCAGAACAAAUAUCCCUGAAGGAUGAGGAGAUCACAAAUCUGAGGAAUGAGUACGUCUCUUUAGACACUAAAUUUAAGCUUGUUAAGGAACAAAAUUGUGAAAUAAAUGAAAGUUGUAAAGAGCAUGAGGACACUAUUAAGAAACUUCAGCAAGAACUUCUCUCUGCUUCUUCGACUGCGUCAGAAAAACAGGAGGAAGUAUUGGUUCUGUCAGCUGAGGUAGCAUCUCUUAAAGAGCAGAUCUGCCAUUACAAUAAAAAUGAUCAGCAGAAACAAGAUAAAUUAUCUGUUUUGGAGGCAGAACAAAAUGUGCUGAAGGAAAACUUGACUUCCAUCCGGAACCAGUUGACUGAGGCGACAACUACAACUUUGCAAAAGGAAUCUGAGCUCAUUUCGCUUAAACAGGAGCUUUGCCUUCAAGAAACGCUAAGAGAAAAGUCUCAGGAGCUUGAGACAGCCAGGUGUGAGGAGUUUGAGAGAAAGGUGAAUGAACUUCAGGCCAAAAUCAUAGAAGUUUCCACUCUUGCCUCUGAGAGGGAAGCCUGUAUGACUUCUCUUCAAUGUGAAAUAAAAGAUCAACAAUUGAGGGCCAAACAGUCUGAAGAUGAUCUUCGGCGAGAGCUGGAGGAGCAUGUUGGAAAUCUACAGAGACAAUUGGAAGCUGCCAAUUGUGGCGCUGCAGACAAAGAUCAUCAGCUGGAGUCUUUGGAACAGAAGCUGAGACAGAUGGAACUGCUCUGCCAACAAAAGGAUAAAGAUGUCCUUGUGACACUUCAGACAAAGGAGGACCUGGAGACAAAGAUUGUUGAGCUUGCUGAGAAACAACAUCUGGAUGAGUGCCAGAAUAAUUUGGAGAAGGAAAGAGGCCACCUGUCAGCUGAAGUGUCAUCUCUUAAAGAAGAAAUCUGCUGUUACCUUGAAAAUGAUCAACAGAAACAACAGGAAGUUUCCUUGUUAAAGGAUGAAUAUUAUGCACUGAAGGAAAGCUUUGCAUCUCUUCAGAACCAACUGAUUGAGUUGACAACUACAGCUUCGCAGAAGGAAUCUGAGCUCCUCUUGGUUCAGCAGGAGGUUUGCCACCAAGAGGCCCUAAGAGAAAGUGCUCAGGAGCUUGAGACUGUCAUGCGUAAAGAUUUUGAGAGAAAGAUGAGUGAACUUCAGGCCAAAAUACUAGAGAUCUCCACUCUUGCCUCUGAGAGGGAAGCUCAAAUAAGUUCUCUUCAAGAUGAGAUGAAGGAUCAACAAUUGAAGUCCAAACAAUCUGAAGGUGAUCUCCGCAUAGAGCUAGAAGAGAAGGUUUGCACCCUAAAAGGAGAACUACAUGCUGCAAUUUGUGAUGCUGCAAAUAAAGACCAUCAGCUAGAGUCUUUGGAUCAGAAGCUGAGACUGAUUGAACUGCUGUGCCAACAAAAGGAUAAAGAUGUCCUUGAGACACAUAAGGCAAAGGAGGACCUAGAGAAGAAAAUUGGUGAGCUUCUUGUCGAGAAACAACAACUGCACGAGUGCCAGCAUAAUUUGGAGAAGGAAAGAGACCACCUGUUAUCUAAAGUAUCAUCUCUUAAAGAGGAAAUCAGCAAUUCCCUUCUGAAUGAACAACAGAAACGACAAGAAGUGUCUGUGUUGAAGGAUGAACAAAAUGCAUUAAAGGAAAACUUGGCUGCUCUUCAGAACCAACUAGAGGAGAUGACAGCUACAGCUUUGCAGAAAGAAUCUGAGCUCAUCUUGCUUCAGCAGGAGCUUUGCCUAAAAGAAAAGGCUCAGGAUCAUGAGAAUAUCAUCCGUGAAGAGUCUAAGAAAAAAGUAUGUGAACUUCAAGCCAAAAUCUUGGAGGUCUCCACUCUUGCCUCUGAGAGGGAAGCUCAAAUACGUUCUCUUCAAGAUGAGAUGAAGGAUCAACAAUUGAAGUUCAAACAAUCUGAAGAUGAGCUCCACCGAGAGCUGGAGGAAAAGGUCGGAGGCCUACAGGGACAACUAGAAACUGUCAGUCGUGACACUGCAGACAAAGACCAUUUCUUGCAGUCAUUGGAACAGAAGCUAAGGCAGAUGGAACUGCUUUGCCAAGAAAAGGAGAAAGAUGUCCUUGUGACACAUCAGGCAAAGGAGGACUUGGAGAAGAGGAUUGUCGAGCUUCUUAUUAAGACACAACAACUAGAAGGAUACCAGCAGAAUUUUGAGAUAUUGAGGAAGGAAAGAGACAACCUGUCAACUGAGGUAACAUCUCUCAAAGAGGAAAUCUGCCACUACCAAGAAAACCAGUUGCAGAAACAACAGGAAAUGUCUGUUAUAGAGGUUAAACACAACACUUUCAAGGAAAACCUGGCUGCCCUUAACAGCCAAUUGGUGAAGGUGACAUCCACAACUUCACAGAAGGAAUCUGAGCUUCUUUUGCUUCAAAAUGAGCUACGCCAACAAGAUAACCUUAGAGAAAAAGCUCAGGAGCUUGAGAGAAAUGUGAGUGAACUUCAGGCUAAGAUCCUAGAGGUCUCCACUCUUGCCUCUGAGAGGGAAGCUCAAAUAAGUUCUCUUCAUAAUGAGAUAAAGGAUCAACAAUUAAGGUCCCAACAGUCUGAAGAUGAUCUCCGCAGAGAGCUAGAGAAGAAGGUUGCAAUCCUUCAGGGACAACUAGAGACUGUCAGUCGUGACGUCACAGACAAAGACCAUCUCUUGCAGUCUUUGGAUCAGAAGCUCAGGCAGAUGGAACUGCUGUGCCAACAGAAGGAUAAAGAUGUCCUUGAGACACAACAGGCAAAGGAGGACCUGGAGAAGAAAAUUGUUGAGCUUCUUGUCGAGAAACAACAACUGCACAAGUGCCAGCAUUUUUUGGAGAAGGAAAGAGACCACCUGUUAUCUAAAGUAUCAUCUCUUAAAGAGGAAAUCAGCAGUUCCCUUCUGAAUGAACAACCAAAACAACAGGAAGUGUCUUUGUUAAAGGAUGAACAAAAUGCAUUGAAGGAAAACCUGGCUGCUCUUCAGAACCAACUAGAGGAGAUGACAGCUACGGCUUUGCAGAAAGAAUCUGAGCUCAUCUUGCUUCAGCAGGAGCUUUGCCUAAAAGAAAAGGCUCAGGAUCAUGAGAAUAUCAUCCGUGAAGAGUCUAAGAAAAAAGUAUGUGAACUUCAAGCCAAAAUCUUGGAGGUCUCCACUCUUGCCUCUGAGAGGGAAGCUCAAAUAAGUUCUCUUCAUAAUGAGAUAAAGGAUCAACAAUUAAGGUCCCAACAGUCUGAAGAUGAUCUCCACAGCGAGCUGGAGAAGAAGGUUGCAAUCCUUCAGGGACAACUAGAGACUGUCAGUCGUGAUGUCACAGACAAAGACCAUCUCUUGCAGUCUUUGGAUCAGAAGCUCAGGCAGAUGGAACUGCUGUGCCAACAGAAGGAAAAAUAUAUCCUUGAGACACAUCAGGAAAAGGAGGACCUGAAGAGGAGAAUUGUUGAGCUUCAUGCUGACAAACAUAAACUGGAUGGGUACCAGCAAAAUUUGGAGAUAAUGAGGAAGGAAAGAGACCACCUAUGUUCUCUUAGCCAGUCUCUCCAAAGAGAGUGUGAUGCAUCCCAGAGGAUUAGAGCCGAGCUGGAGUUGAAGGUGGAGGAGCAAAGUGGCUCUAUCCUUACUCUUAAAAACACUGCUCGACAGUGGGAGGAGCAGAAUAAUGAACUCUUGGAACAACUGAAGAUUAAGUCAGAAGCAGUAGAACACUGCAAAACACAGGUGGAGUUGGCAAGGAAUCACUACAAUGGUAAAAAGCAGCUGCUGCUGGAGGCUCAGGAGACAAACAAGACUCUUGAGCACUCCCUGGAGUCCUGCAAGAGAGAAGUCAAAGCUCUGGAGACAGAGCUGACAUUGGCUCGCAUGAACUUAGACCAGGCAAAGACCAAAGAGAAGAACCUUGUUGCCAAACUGAAGAGCUUGGAGGCUCAAGUGGACUUCACUGACAGGCAACUGCGAGAGCAGAAGAAAAUGACUGAUAAAACUGGGGAGGUGAGAGUCAGAGAUGGUAUGUAUGCCAGAGUUCCAGAGACCCGGCAUGACACCAGCACCGACAGCUUGGAGUUUGACCUGAACGAUUCGCUCAAUGCUGGCAGUCGUUCAGCAGUGCCAGGUGAGUCUAGCACUCCACUUGUACGUAGCUCAGAGCGUUUGGCUGCUAAACGUCGAGCCUUGGGGGCAGAAUCCCUUGAGACUCUCUACUUCACACCUAUGAGUCAACAAGGUAACAAACGGAAAGAUGACCACAACAAUGCUUUUGAACGCAAACUGGAGACCAGCAUCACUUCAUUUGGCGAUCUCGUGGUGGACUCUGCAAAGAAGCUCACAGCCUCUGCCCGCAGGCGACGUACCACACAGGUUAUCAACAUCACCAUGGCUAAGACAUCAGGAAGUGUUAAUGGGGAGGAGUCGUUUUCUAGUGUUCACUCUGCCCGAUCUCAGCCCAACCUUGCAAUUCACCACUCACGGCCUGUGUCCUUGGACCUCUCUGAGGAAAGUGCCAGAGCAACUUUAUCAAAAACAGACAAACUUGAUAGUCUGCCUGGAUAUCGCAGAAGUGCUGUGCACAGUGUUGGUCCACCAAGAGCCACCAGUACGUUUUGUAUUGGUGCAGAGAAUGAACCAGAGCAUGCUGCUGAUGACUGGAUGCGCAUUGCUGAACUGCAGGCGCGAAACAAAGCCUGUCUGCCUCACCUGAAGAGCAGCUACCCACUGGAGUCCAGGCCCAGUCUGGGACUUCCCUCAUUCACAAUAACGGACGACGAUCUACGGAUGGGUGACCCGGACGAGACUAUUCGCCGCGCAUCCAUGAUUCCGGGUCAGCUCAUGGAAUCUUUAAACUCCAGACGCCUCUCUUUGGCACCAGGAGCAAGUUCAAGCCAAGCUCUUGCACAGUCCCAGCCCCAGCGCUCCACCAUGUUACCGGGUCAGAUCCGAUCCAGCACCGCUGCUUACCGGGCCUCUCAGGUCACAAAAACAACCUCAAAUGUGCAUGUAUCAGAAAAUGCACGUAGCCCACUAGCCCCUAAACGCCCUGGAUCCCAGCUGCAAGGCCCCGACACACCUGAGGCAAAGAAGUUGGCAAGCUGCUUCCCUCGGCCAAUGACGCCUAAAGGCAGACACACCAACAUUCAAAACAGACGUCCAAACUCUCCGGCUGAGCGAAGGCAAUCUCUCAUGUUCACUGUUGUAAAUACUCCAAAGACCAACACUCGUGGUGAUAGCAGGCUACAGCGAGGCCUCAACAAACUGCGUAACAGCGCCCGCAAAUCUCCAGCCGUGGCCAGCCGUGCUCUUCGCUCUGCAAUGAGCGCAGUUGACGGCAGGUCACCUCUAGACUCAACUCGGAGAAAGUCGCCCCGCAACAAGUCUCCCAAAUCCUCCAAUGCCAAAAAGGUAGCACAUUGACCAACUGCGAUGUCCAUCUAUCUUGGAGUUUUUAACUAUAAAGUUCAGGAUAAAGGUCUGAACUGAGGAUUUCACACAGAAACCUACCUUUUUCUUUUCUGUUUUAAAGCCAAAACUCUUUAUUUUUUAUUUAAUCUAAAGAUUGUUUUAUUUUUAUUUACGGGAUGCAGGGGUUUUAAUGUCUGUUUGUUUCAUAUAAUUGUUUGUAUAUAUGCUGUAUAUUAUAUCUAAAUGUAUUCUUUGUUUAAUAAAAAUAAAGUCCUUUAUACGUCAAA